AUGUAUGCCGGUAGACCAGCGACGAAGGAUAAAUACACCGCAAGGCAUAAGACAGAAAGACCUGCAUCAGACUAUGCGAAAAUACCACGGGAGCUGGAUCAGUAUAUAGUGGAUCCCACGACAAAAAAGCGCUAUCUUCGAGGCCGCUUUCUCGGCAAGGUACCGUGGCGUACGCUCUAACAUAUCUGAACAUAUGCAUAACCGCCAUUUAAAUUUAAAUCCUGCAGAACACGAGCAAACGAAUCUUUGAUCGAUAGUUCAUAUGCUCAUCAUUCGUUCUUUUUCUUCAGGGUGGAUUUGCAAAAUGCUACGAGCUUACGGAUAUGGAAACGAAAGAGAUUUUCGCUGGCAAGAUUAUCUCGAAAACUAUGUUAACGAAGCCACAUCAAAAAGAAAAGGUGAGAAUGAAGUAACGCUAACGGAAAAUUCUAUCGAAGAUCAUUUUGAUCCUCAAUUUUUUAUAAUUUUUCUUCGGAUGUUUGUAGAUGUCUAUGGAAAUUGCCAUCCAUCGCUCCGUGGGGCAGAAAAGAGCUGUUCAAUCAGAAACGCACAAACAGAUUGUCGGGUUUCAUGGUUUCUUCGAGGACUCGGAUUACAUUUACAUCCUUCUUGAGCUCUGUAGACGAAGGGUAAGUGGCGAAAACAGGAGAAAUCCACUUUUUAAAAUAUUUUGUUUCAUUUUAAGGUCUCUUUCUCUUUACUGAAUCUUUUUCGAUCUUCUGAUACUGUUUUUAAACAACCUUUAUUCUGGAUUUCAGUUACACUUUUUUUUUUUUUUUUACUUUUCGGCGUUUUUUGCUUCAGUUUUGUUGAAAAAUUAAUUCUAGUCGAGCGAAAUUGAGAAAAUUAUAAAUUUAAAAAAGCAAGUGAAAUAAAAAUGUUGCCUACUUGUUUUAGAUCCUAGCGAAAGGUUUCCCCAUUUUUCGAUUUUAGUCGUUGGUUUAGAGUACAAGUUGUUAAUUUUAAAAACUCAAACACGUAGAUUAGAGGUUCUGUUUGCAUCCUUUGUUCUUGAUUAAACUUUCUUUUUUAGAAUUUGCUUAAUAUAUUAGACAUUUUCUGGUCCCCGUUUUUUGCUUCGCCUCAAUUUUGAUCACCUACUAACUGGGAAGAUAAAGUACUGCUCAUGGAGUUUAUUUUUUAAGAACCCUUGUUUUUUUGGACACCUGUUGAUGCUCUAUUGAAUCUGAAAAAUAAAUAUUGCAUGAAAACUGCAUGACAAAGGAAAUAUGAUCAUAAUGAUUUCAAACAGAAUGAUAUUUUACUCUCUAGAUUUUUGUGAUGAUAAAUACCAAAAUAUUUGGUUCGUUGUAGUCUAGUUCACAUCCUUCACUUCAAUGUAUCUGCAAGAUUUGUUUCAAGAUCCGUUUUUGGGGACAACCUGUUGAUAGCAAUUAUGAUUUUAAUUUAUGCAGGGAAAGCUCAGUUGAUCUCAAAUUUACAUUUUCAUCGGGCAUGUUCAAUAAACAUGAGAUUUGUUUGAUGAAUCACCAAAUGCAUUAUUAAACUGUUAUUGUAUUUCUUCCUUCCUGGUAUCUUAAUUUUCAAAAUGUAUUUUUCUUACGUAUUACUUUUCCUUUUAGAAAUUUACUAUGUUAAGAAAAUGUUGUUUGUUUUGUCACACAUUGCAGCAGGCUUUUUCAGAUAUUAUUUAACAUAUUACCCUUUAAGUUAGUGUAAUCCUGGAACAAGACUUGAAAAAUUUCUUUAAUCUAAUCAAGAAACCAGUUAAUGGAAACAUGGAUAAUAGAAAGACUUUCUAUUAUCCAUGAUGGAAAUAAGGAAAGAUGAUAUAUUUUAACUUUGGCUUCCCCGGCACAUUCAAAUGUAAUUAAAUUCUACUCUUUAGUGCAUGUACCAAAAUAUUAAAGAAAAAUGAAAAUCUGUUCAACUCAUUCUCAUGCUGUGUAUUUGAUACAUUUAUUUUUAUUGUUUUAAAUGUGGGUGGGUUUUCUUUUGUAACAAAUUGGUCUCUAUAAAAGCACAGAAAAUCUGCUGUCUUGGUUUUUUUGUGCGAUUAUAGUUUCUCCAGCACCCAAAUCAAGUAAUUUAUUGGUUAUGUGCUGUUUAUGUUGAUACACGAUAGCGCCAGAGCCUUUUUACCUGAAGGUGUCUACAAAAAUGCCCUGACUGGCUCUUUUUUUCUUUCAACAAAUUAAAUUCUCCCUUUGUUUUCUAAGAAUUAUGUAGUUUUUUUAUUUGAAGUCACUUGGACUUUCAAGGCUGUGUGCUAAGGAAAAUUGAAGGGAGAACAGUACUCUGUGCUGGUAAAAUCUAGGGUGCCCAGCAUAUGAUUUGUAUAUAUAAAAAAAGAUUUUCUAGUCAUCCAAGAUCCAACGUUGGGCACCAGGGGCAACUAUGCCUGCCCAAUAUUAUAUUGUGAAAUUAUUUAUUUGCUGUUUUCAUUUCAGUCCAUGAUGGAACUUCAUAAGCGCAGAAAGGCCCUGACAGAACCAGAAGUACGGUACUUUAUGAAGCAAAUUGUAGAGGGCUGUAAAUAUCUGCAUGACAACAGGAUCAUUCACCGUGAUCUCAAGCUUGGGAAUUUAUUCCUAAAUGAUGAAAUGGAGGUCAAAAUUGGUGAUUUUGGUCUGGCAACUAAGGUAGAGGUUGAUGGUGAAAGGAAAAAGUAAGAAGUGAAUCAUUACUUUAUUUCUUUAACCUGCUAACCCAUGGAAAUGUUUUUGAGGGAUUUUCUUCAAAUGACAGAGUCUUCAAGCUUUUAAAAUUAAUAUCAUCCCAACUUUGGCAGGUAAUGGCCCACUUCAUUAUUCCAGCCUGUGCUGAGCCAAAACACUUUCAACAGUUCUUAUGCACUUAAAUUGAAGUAACAUUUAGCAAGACCAGGCCAUCAUUAGACAGUAGGUCUUGGUUCAGGGCUUAGAUACAAAUACUUUUAUUUGUUGUUCAAUUAGUAAUAUUAAUAUCCCUUUACUUUUCAGACUAAAAAUGUUGUAAUUUUGCAUAUAACUGUUAACUCUAUUUUUAAUGGUAAUGUCAGUUUUCAAUAAUUAAUACGAACUUUUUUGAGAAAAUGGUUUUGUAAUUUUCCAGGACUCUUUGUGGAACUCCUAACUAUAUUGCUCCUGAAGUGCUUAACAAGAAAGGACACAGCUUUGAAGUAGAUGUCUGGUCACUAGGAUGCAUCUUGUAAGUAACUGAGACAUAUGAAGUCGGGAAAACCAUAAGUGCAAGUCAUAAUCAAAAACUGUACCUAGGAAUGGAGUACUUAGAGUCUGAGAAAAUGACUGACAUUUUGCCAUGCCACCACUGAUUCCCCCAGGAUAUGACAUCUGAGAAAUGAUUCAGUCUGAGCGUAGAUUUUCCAUGUUGAUGACUUGUCACUACCUAGUUCAGCCUGGUAGUGCUUCGUAUUGGUCGUGCAGCAAAGGAAAUUUGCUUCAACCAAUCAGAAGCACUACCCAGAUCUAGGUACUGAGACAUCAUCAGUAUGGGGUUUCUGUGCUCAUUUCGCAGAUGUCAUUUUGCAGGGAAACUACUGGUGGCAUCGCGAGAUGUUGACUGUUUUCUCAGGCUAGAAGGGUGCGCAAACACCUCUCACUAUUAUUUUGAGCACAUGGACAUGAGCUAAAACAUCAAAUCCUUUAUUCAAAGAAUGAUUUACACAGAUAUGUUUAGUUUUCUUGCACAGAAAAUACCUAGUAGACUUUGUUAUGACGAUAUCUUAGUUGAUGCAUACCUUGGUUGCAGGUAUACUCUUCUUGUUGGCAAGCCACCUUUUGAAACUCAGAGUUUGAAAGAAACGUACCAACGAAUAAAGAGAAAUGAAUAUUACAUUCCGUCAAAAGUUUCCCACACUGCCCAACUGUUAAUCAUUAAACUCUUGAGACCAGAUCCCGCGACCAGACCCAACCUACGGCAAGUUCUUGAAGAUGAGUUCUUUACAGGCUUCACACCCAAUCAUUUGCCAAUCAGCUGUCUGACAAUGGCACCCAGGUUUGCGACUGGUUCAUCAGCGCAUCUGCUUGGGGUUGGUGCAUCUUCUCGGAAGCCGCUUAAUGAACUGAACACUCAAGAACAACAAACUGCUACCACUGGCAGAAAAGACAAGGUAGCCUUUUUGGAGAAGGUCAGCAAAAGGAGAUCCCUUGGUGUAAGAGUCUGCGGGGGAGAAAGCAAACUCAUUCAACCAGGAGAAGCUGUUGCUGAAGAGUUGAAAGACGAAGAUCAGGAAGGUAGGUUGGAAAAUUUGAGGUACACUUUUCAUUGACAGAGCUCUGUGUUUGUUGAGUUUGUGUUCAAAAUGUUGUACAUCUUUAUGUGAGAUACAACUGAGCAACAGAUCAUAUAUAGAGCCCUUACUUAAAACAACAUGCUGGAAAGUUCAAAGUCUUGCUGAUGAAGUGUAUGUUUCAGGGUUUGCAAAUUUUAUUGAUGAGUGGAGUCAGAGUGACUUCUGCUUCACAAAUUUCGGAGUCAUUUUGGAAUAUUUGGAGUCAAGUAUCACAACGAAAAAAGCCAAAUUCAGACUUUCCAGCAUGUGGUCCGGGUGUGUAUAAACUAUCGUGAGGGAUACACGAAAUAGCUGUGGCGGUCCGCUGACCUGGAAAGCUCAAAUCUAUGAUGGCGGUCAUCGAGUAAACUUUGAUCGUAAUUUACCCCCUUCCUGUUUUGCCGUGCAGUAUAAUUCUUUAAUUUCGAUGAUUUAAUUAAGGUUUACAACGUUUACAAUUAACGUAAAUUGUAUUUGUUGCGAAAAAGGUAAGGACAAAACUAUGUUUGUUACCGAAAAUUUCUGGAGUCGAAGUGACUCCCUCCAUAACCUCAGUGGAGUCAUGUGAACAAUUUUGGCGUAAAAUACACCAAAUUUGGCGUAUUUGCGAACCCUGGUAUGUUUCCAUUAACAAUUCUGUUUGUUGAAUUGACAAUCAUAUUAAUGUACUAUAUACAUAUAUGUUACUUUUUUUACUUAUUUAUGCUGUGAGGAUCAGUUUGAUGUACAUUGUUUUUCCUAAUGAUGCCUUUUUUCCUCAUCAUGAGGAGCACAAGAACUUCAAAACCUUGCAUGGAAGAUGAUCCUUGUUAAGACCCUGGUUUGUGGGUGACUAAGUGGUGUUUGAUUGUCUCUCAUUAUACAGAUAUCCCUAAAGACUGUUAUAUCUCGCAGCUGCUCAGCCAGGUUGUUUCAUGCUUGCAAUCCAAUCCCGUCAGAGCUAAUUUUAAUGAAGGUAAAUUUAAGUACUUAAACCAUUCUAUUUAUGAUAAACUUCUAUUGAACUAAAAUUUGUCAACUUUAAUCAUUAUUGCUAGUCCAAUGUUCUCACCACUUAAUAGCAAAACUGUUUCCUUUACAAUGUCGAAAAAAGCAUGUAAAGAAAGUUGUGUUCAUCCUGUAUCCUGGCGCUAUUGGAUUAUGCGAUCGGGCUAGUGAAUUCUGUUUUAAACUUGCCCUAGUAUGGACAAGAAAAGCUUUGGGGGGAAUUCAAUUACAGGAGUACUGUAAACAAAAUGUUUAAAUUUCUAAUUCAUGUGGAUUGAAAGGUGUUCUCCAAGCUGAUCUAACAAAGUAAAAUUAUUACACUUAUUUUACUAACAAUGAAUAAUAUUAAUAAACCAAUUACUUAACUAAAUGUGUAAAUACUUAAUAAAAAAUCAUUAAUUCAUUAUUAUUACAUGGCUACAAUAGUACUGUACCCUUGCUCUGAUUGGCAACUAAGCUAAGAUUUUCUUGUAAUGACCGGGCAUUACUAGCUAGGUGUCCAAGGCAUAUAUAAUCUGUGUUUUUAAACAUAAAACUUGAUAGUGGACAUCCAUAUUAUGGUCAAUUGUCAGCUGUCAAAAAAGUCUAUCCUCUGACCAGUGUCACAUGACUGUAUUGUGGGCUCAAGUGUACAACUCAUUGAGGUGACAUUUUUUUUAUAGUUAUCCACUGACGAGUUAUUGGUUUUUGAUUGAUAGUGGGCUCAGGUCCAAAAUUUCUCAUGGUCAAAGAUACUAUGUCUUGUGGUUUUGAUAGCAUUGCCAGGAUCGUUUCGGUUCAGUGAAAACGAGCUUGAAUGACCUUGUAUGCCUGGAUCUUGAAAAUUACUGCCUGUGUUUUUUAUUGAAUAGUGUUUAUUAGGCCAUAUAAUAAGUAACUUAUUAACCUCGUCCAUACAGUCAUUACACCUAGCGAAAUCUCAGACUUUGGCCUUGAUGCAUUGACCUCUCUUCCAAGGCCUCGGUCUGAGAUUUCCCUACAUGACCUCACUCUUGGUUAAUAAGUAGAAUAUAAUCCUGCCUGUCAAAAAUAAUAUUUCAAGCUAGUUAAAAUGACCCUUUGGGCAGUACGUGCUAUCUACAGCUUUUCUUUGGGGCAAAAAGCUUCAAAACUGAGUUUGUCUGUAACUGUAGCAUGGUUGAAGGCUAAUGAAUACUAUAAUCUUAUUUCCUCAAUAGAUGAGGCAGAGGACCCGGCUUCUGUUCCAGUGUACUGGGUUAGUAAAUGGGUGGAUUAUUCAGACAAGUACGGAUUUGGUUACCAACUAAGUGAUAACAGUGUGGGUGUUCUUUUCAACGACCAAACAAGACUUAUUCUUUACCAGGAUGAAGUGUAAGUAUUCGACAUGCUGUUCCCUUCUCUGAGGUUAUUGUGAUCAAGUAGACUGCGAGCAGUGUCUUAUCUUUCUUUUGAAUCACGAUAGAUUGAGAGCAUGUGUGAGGAGUGAGAGGAAUGUUUUUCUUUUCCUCUCUCUGCCCCGAUCUCUCCUCUUUUUUACUAUAGAUUUGCAUAAUUUUACUUUUUGCACACCCCUCAUGGCUCAAAGAAAAGAAGGACCAUCACUUGCGAUCUAGUGAUGACCAUCACUUUAGCCUGUGCCAGGCUCUCAGAUAGUACAGUGGGAACGUAUUAAAACGAGCAAAGCGAAAAUAAGACGCGCACGACUUGGGAAAGGGGGCGGUGGCGGCGGGAAAAAACGCGCGUUUUUCUCAUUUCUUAUUACUGAACGACUUUCCACCACCAUCUCGGAGCCUGGAACAGGCUACCAUCACUUGCGAUCUAGUGAUGGAGUGUUCAUAAUUUCACGGAGUGUGAAGAGAGAAAGACCGCCUGAUCACAGGUUAUCACUGACACCAUUCAAAUUUUCGUAAGCUAAAACCCUUUAGAUUUUUUUUAUGAACAGUUACCAUUGCAUUGACAGGAGCUUAGCUGGGAAUUUCCCAUUGCUUGACACGAUUGUCCAAAUCAACCCUAUCAUGUCUUCCAAAUCCCUUUUUAUUUUCAGGUGAUUGGACUUUUUUUUCUUAAUGUAACAGUGAUGGGUUAAUCAUCUCUAUUGGAUGUAGGACCAUGUUUUGCAUGUUUUGUUGGGAAUUUGGAAUUUUGAUUUACAAAUUUCUUUGAUUUUCAUUCUCUAAAAAAUGUUUCUUGAAAAAAUUCCACUAAAAUUUUCGAAUAAUGCUUAAUGCUUUUACCUCACCAAAAUGCUUGAACAAAAUGCUUGCAUAAUGUACAAAACCCUAAUACUAGCGCGCAGGUAUCUAUGCCUUUGAGUUUAAUUAAUUAGUAGUAUUUGUUUCUCCCUUUUUGCAGAAAUCUACAAUACAUAGAAGCUGAUGGAACAGAGUACUUUCACACGCUCAAAGGAUACCCCAGCCAACUUGAAAAGAAAGUAACCCUUCUUAAAUACUUCCUCAGCUACAUGAAUGAUCACCUUCUGAAGGUAUGCGAUGAACGUUUUGACUCAAUAACAUUCCCUAUUUAUUUUCUUGUUCGUUUGCGUAAAUUUAAAUCAGCUUGUGCACUUCCUGAUCUAAGAAGAAAUCAUAUACGCUAAGAAUCUUUUCCAGAGACUAUUUCAAGAUAAUUAGCCUGCGAAAACUUUCGUUUCUCCUCGCUCUUCGCCGCUUGGGACGUUUCGCGAGGAGGAAACGUCCCCGGCGACGAAGAGCGACGAGAAACGGAUGUUUUCGCAGGCUACAAGAUAAUUGCCUUGAAAAGGAUGUACUAUAUCCAGAUUUUCUUCAAACUUGGCACAUUAAUUGACAGCCAAAACCCAUGUACAGGACACUGAAAAACUUCAAUGAAAAAAAUGAACACUGAUAUUGUUUUUGUCCUGGGUGCAAAGUGUUUUUCUUAGUUGCGUGCGAAAUGUUCUUAACUUGAACAGCAAUCAAAAGUUAUCUUAAUGUUUGAUUUCAUAGGCUGGUGCAGGUGCUAAAACUGCAAGAGAGGAUGAAUCUGCCCGAUUACCUUUCUUGAAAAAGUGGUUCCGCACAAAACAUGCCAUUAUACUCCAUCUUAAUAAUGGCACUCUUCAGGUAAGGAAUUGUGACUUGUUUUCAUUGAUUAUAAGGUACACCAAAAUUUAGUCCCAAGUUCUCCUGCUCAUCCGGGCGGGGGGAUGGGGGUAGAAUGUGCGUACCGUCCGCCCGAAGCUACGAACAAACGGACGCAACAACUCCCGACAUUGUUGGCCGUAUAAAACGUUUGACCGCUUUCAAACGUUGCACAACAACAUGCAACAGGGUGUGCAAACGGACGCAAUAUGUAAUAUCCAUGAAUGUUCUGAAUGUAGGGAGUUUUUGGCCAACAAGGUUGCGUCCGUUUGCCCUGGGCCUCAGGCUUGCUUGUCAAAACUUCAUAUUAGGAGGUUCCACCCCGAAGUUGUUUAGUGGACAUCAAAGAAAUGUUUGCACGUGCAGAACUCUUGUUUUACACAUAGAACCAAUAUUGCAGGACACAUUUCGGCUCCAGUUUCAUUCUCGUUUCAAACUUGAGGAAUCAAGAAUUGUUUUGCUGUAAUUGGGCCCCGAUUAACUAUGAAAGUCCUUCACCGCCCAGUAAGCGCAAGGGUUUAUUCUUGAGCGCGGCCUUGCGGAAUUUCCGCAAUUUGGAGAAAAAUGCCGCAUAAAAUUUAUUUUGCCGCGUCAAAUGGGGCGCAAAAAAAAAAUAGACCCAAGGAUGAGUACUAUUUUUUUUAGAAUAAAGCAUUCGAAAACAUCAGACAACAGCACUUAUUUGACGGCCGCUCUUUUAUCUUACUUUUAACUUUUAUAGCCUCUUACUGUCUCAAUUGCCUUUCUCUUCUUCGUUCGAGUCAUUAUUUCACCAGACAAAGGCCCAGAAUGUUCCAAAAUGGCGGCAAAGCGUUAAUAAACGUUCGUUUUCUCAUGGAACAGUCUGUACUAAUAAGUUAACUAGUAAUAGUUGACACUACAGCUGCCUCCGCUCUGUAUAUUGUCGGUCAAUGGCAUUCUUGCUCGUUGUGUAGCUCUUUGAAAUAUACCGAUUCAUAAGGAAGAUUUUCACACAUAUUCCAUACAAUAGGUGAGAUAAAAACAGGAAACGCAAGUUUCCAUGCACAGUUUCAGGUCGAUUUACAAAGCUUUGAUCAAAACAUUCUCAGUUUCGAGAAUAGUUUAUUCUAAACCAUAAGAAACUAUUUAAUUAGAAGUUGAAUUUUUCGCUAUUUCUCUUUCUAUUUUUACAUUCAGUUCAUUUUAUUUGCCGGAAAGGAAGCCUUAGAAAUUAAAAGGACGUUUGAUCAAUUCACACUCGCGCAUUCUAGUCUUAUUUUAAACUUUAUAGCGGAAGGACAUCUGUGAGCAGGGAAUAAGUCAGCACAGAAUUUGAUUGUCGGCGAAUUUCUGUAAUCGUCCAUCGUUCUGCUAGUGAGAAGCUAGCCGUUGUUCACUCGUCUUGCUUGUUUGGGGCUGAGUCUUAUUCCGGUCAAAGAGAGAGAAAGAGUGUCUGGCAAGGUUUCCAAUGAAAGAUUUGUGAACUCGUGUCUGGCAAACUCUCCAAGUGUUUAUAUAUACACAGUUAUACGCACCUUAUAACUUCUUCUGCGCUUAACGAGUGUCGUUAAAAUUUUGGUCCAUAACUUCCACUGAAACAACUGCUCCACAGAAUGUCACUGAUAACAUGUGACGCAAAAGAGUGUCGAAGUACGACUGCACAAUAAAUGUCACAAAAUCUACCUAAGCGGUCCCUUGGGGAUGUUCUGUCUUGACGUCAUCCUAACCAUUUCGUACUUGCGGGCGUAAACAAUAGAAACGUCAUCAUUACCUACCAAUUCCUCGCGGCCCCUGUUCAAGCAAAUCGAGAUUUUUUCCAUAUCGACUGUAUGACUGUAUAUUUCAACUGUAAGUACUUUCCUUAAUAUACGCGCGAGUUACUAGAGUGCCUCCUCGGGAUUUUGCCUUCUGGGCGAAAUCCCUGCGGGGGCAAAUACCAAAAUACCUUUACCGUACCUUUUUAAAUACCAAAUACCUUUUGGGGGACCCCAUUUCUUGAAAAACGGCCCCCUAAAACUAAAGAAGGGGGUCCAUUUGACCCUCACUGGCCAAUUUCUAGAAUAAACCCUGAAGGGGUAUGUAUAGAUUGAAAGAGUUAAAUCAAUGAACAGUUCUUCGUUUGACCUUGCAUUCCAUUUUCGAGUUUUGAGUGUUCAAACAUUUAACAUUGCCUUGCUCUUUUUUAUUCUUUCACAGCUUAACUUUUUUCAGUGCCAUACCAAGAUAAUAGUAUGUCCUUUGCUGGGAGCUGUGACCUUCAUUGAUGAAGAUAAAAGACUCAGGACAUUCCCACUAAAGAACAUUGAAAAACAUGGCUGCUCCAUAAAGUUGUAUACCCGGGUGAAUUAUGCUCGCAAAAUGAUUCAAAAGCACAUGCUACCUGAAAGUGAGAAUCAGAAGGGCAAAAAGGAAUAAUUAUGAAACAGUGUAAAUGCUAUGAAUAUUUUACUAUUCUCCUAACUUCUUCAGGGAUCCCUUGCAUUCUAGCCAUAUUGAAGUUCCCCCUUUGUGAAUAUUGUGCUGUAAAGUACUCACAAUUAGGCUUGACUUACAUGGAGAUUUUCUCAUUUUACUUAUUGGCCCUAUGGGUAAACUUUUAUACUCAAUAUUCCUGCAUCAGUAGAUUAUUUAUUGUUAAAUUUAUGCAAGACUUAGUUAGGUUUUUUUCUACGUUCACAUGAUUUGUUGCUGGAUGUAAAUAGAUGAUUGUAGAGACUCCACUAGUAAUCUUUGUUCCUUCCUACAAUUUUUAAGUCAGUUGUAGUGCGAGUGAGAAUAUCCUGCAGACGUUUAAUGAUUAUUACGGUUACUUUGGUUUGAUCUUGGUGCCCGUACGCGAUAGUUUACGGCAUUUAUUUAAGUUCCCACUGGAACUGUAAAAAGUAAUUAAUUAACUGAUGAGUUUGAAACAGCCAUAUUCAGAAAAUGAUGCUAUUUGUUAGAUGUUUGAAUCUUCGCCUCCAGAUUUUUUGCCUUCCGUCCGGUCAGCGCUUUGACAGCAAACAUCAAAUUGUCGUACUAUGUCAAUUCAUACUUAUGAAUCAAUAAUUUGACACCGUUCACCAUUCCCUACUGUCUUUCAGUUGUACAGUACUAGGAGUGGAUAACAUUUGACCCACAAAUAGCUAUUGAAGAAAAUAUUACAUUAAUUGUUUAGCAUGUAAAUAGAAUUAUUUAGCUUUUCCCCUAGGUCAAAAGAUAUAUAUUCACCCAUUAUAUUAAGAGAGGG